UAGAUAACUUUGAAUAUUCUCCUGAAUAGCAUACAUAUGCCAUUUAGUUUAGUGAAUGCUAUCCAUACUUUCUUGUGCUAUUACUCUGAGAAUGGAUCCAAUGACAGGCAUGACAGCAAAAGAAGCAGAAGCCAUUGUGAAUGUGAAGAGAACGUCUAUGGUAAAACCAGCUAUCAUAACCCCCAGGCAGACCAUGUUUCUCUCCAACCUUGAUCUCGGUUGGUUACUCAUCAACAACGUUCAGAGGCUUUUCUUCUAUCCACAGUCUCCUUUCACCAAAUACUCUACAUUAAUAGAAGGCCUAAAGAAAAGCCUCUCCUCAGUUUUAGUGUAUUUCUAUCCUCUGGCUGGUCGUUUGAAGAUGGGAGAAUCCGGCAGAAUAGAGGUUGAUUGCAACGAUGAAGGUGUAGGAUUUAGGGAGGCACCAAUUAACAUACUCUUCCAAGACCUGGAAAAAGAUGGGUUUCGGUGUAAGCCCUUCUUCCCAGAGCUUGUCCACGAGGUGGAUCUUUCCGCGGAUGAAACUUACACUAGACCUCUUCUCCUAAUACAGUGUACAGCUUUUGAGGGAGGGGGGAUAUGCAUCGGAACCACCCUUUAUCAUGUUAUAGCAGAUGGAAAUUCGUUUUGGCAUUUCAUGACAUCAUGGGCAGAGUGUAGCAGAGGCCUCCCCCUUUCCAAACCUCCUCAGCACGAGAGAACAGUUUGGAAUCUGUUUCUCCAGGGGAAGCCGCUUGCCCUGACUCAAGGAUGCUCGGCUAAAAUUUGGAAUAGAUUAGGUAUUUCCACCUUCAUCGAUUUAUUUGAGAAUGACUGUCUGAUUAAGUGGGAUGAAUUAAGAAUCAAGUACAAUCUUCCUGCUGCUCAUAAAAAAACAUAUAACAUGAUUACUAGAGCUUGCACCAAUAUACCUUCAAUAUGUCUCAUAGACUCGCAUAGAUUUAUAAACAGUAAAUGGCCGGAUGGAACUGUGCUGUGGAAAACAAAAGCUAAAAAUGUGUACAAUACCAUGAAUAACAAUCAGGAGAUUAUUAAGCAUGUCAAUACUUGCUGGUAUACCUCACUGGAUACGAAGCAAUGGAAUAAAAAUUUUUAUCGAAACUGGAAAUCCUACAUCGAUCCCAAGAUCAAAUGUUUUAAAUGGCUUAUUUUGAUCAAUAGGCUUCCUAUCAGCAGUUACUUGGUCCCUAAUGAUCUCUGUAAGCUUUGUAACAGACAGGAAUCUUACAGGCAUAUUUUCUUUGAAUGUAAAUUUGCUCAGAAGGUGUGGGCUCUGUGUGGAGUAACUUAUCCCAAGUACAUUGAUAUUUUAGAAAUACUGACUGGAUAUAUUCAUGGUCUCAAAAAUGAUUCUAAUAUUUUAUGGUUUAUUAUCUCGUCUAACAUCUUGUGGCAAUUAUGGAAGUGCAGGAAUGAAGAAAGGUUUCAAGGCGUGCAUAGAUCUCUUACUGAGUUAUUCUUAAAACUCACCCUUUUGAAAAUUUCUUCGCAGGUCUGUAUCACUAUGAUGAUCGAGAAGGAGAAACUGAGCAGAUUCCUCAAGAUGGGUCACUCCGCUAUGUUCGUUUUUGAAAUGAAAGACGGUUACAACUAUCGUAACCACAUGAACAAUAUGGUCCUAUUCAACAAAACGGUGAAAAAACUACACAAAGAAAUCGUCAAGAAUAAGAAUGCGACCGAUGAUCAGAUAAAAAUGAUAGCCCAAAUUCAAGCCAACAAAAGCAUCGCUUGGAUGGAAGGUCCGCUUGGAUGGACCGCUUGGAUGGAACAAUAUGAAGACCUGUUACAUUAA